UUAAUUGAUUGAGAGUGAAGGAUUUUGGUGCAAUGGAUUAUGUAUGUAUGGAAGGGUAGGGUAGGGGGUGUUGAUUAACGUGUUGGUAUAUUCCCUAGUCAUAUAGGCUUUCUUGAGAAGUUUUUCCCCUUCUUCUUCUUCUUCUCUUCUUUUGGUAAUUUUGCAUAUGUGUGUGUAUGUAUGUUUGAUUAACUAUUUGUUUGAGCAAACGAUUAUUUGAACUUGUUUGAUUUGAAUUUGAAUUUGAAUUUGAAAACAACAAAUGCGGCAAGUGUUCGCAGAAUAUUGGAAGAUUAUUAAGUGAAUAGAGAGCAAUAAUGUUGGGUUGAUAUAUGAAUGGGAUAAUAGGAAGUGAGAAAGCUGGAAAUGAUUAUAUCGAUUCAGAGAUGGAGGGUCUUGGUGGUCUGGUGCGGGUUACUGGGCAUGGCGUUUGGCGGUCACGACGGGAAGACGGAUGGGAGGAAAAUUGGGAAGGACAGUUAUGGGGACAAGAGGAGCUCGUCGUUGUCGCCGCAAAUUAACACUUCUCGAGCUGCCGGUGAUGAAGUUGAAGGGGGUUCAUGGUAUUAUCCUACCACGUGGCCUUCUUUUGAAGAGAAGCGUACUGUGUCUUUGAAUCAGUCCUAUACGCCCCGUUUCGAAGUUGGAUUGCAAGGACCACAAGACGCAAAACAUCUAGCUUUAUGUUACACUACCAAUUUCCAAGCACCAGAAUCGGCCAACAUAUAUUAUGUUAUACCUCUCAAAUACGAAUGUCCAAAGGCUGACCCCUCUUGUCAAAUCGACCGCCAGAAAUCAGGGACGGCGAAUUUAGACGUCAAUCUCUAUAAUACUAGUGCAGGCCUCUCUACCUUUACAAAGCCGAACUCAGCUUUCUUUCUGUGUUUCAGCAAUGGUAGUGAUACUGUCGUGGGCUUCCUCUGCGAGUCUUACAGCCCAUACUUCCAGAUAUUACGCAGCCCCUCGCCUCCUAAUCAGAGAAGAGAAGAGACAGCAGAUUUAGCAGCAGCCGAAUCAUCAUCUUUGUCGGCUUUCGCAAGCUCGUUUGUAGCAGCCAUAACAAACUAUGCAGCUCCAAUGACUCCGCUCUCCGUCACAGCAAGCACGACAAUCUUCUUGCCUUCAGGAGGAACAGUGAUCCCAGCGUCAACAACUGCGCCCAAUAUACCCAUUUCAACAUCAUAUGCCUCGACUGUAACGACACCUAUAUUAACUCCAACCGGUACCGACGGUUUGGCUAGUGCAACUGGCACCUCUGACUCAUCCAGCUCCAGCUCCGGCUCCUCGAACUCCAGCGGACUCUCGCUGGGCGCCAAAAUUGGCAUCGCCCUCGGCGCUAUAAUCUUUGUCUUCCUCCUCCUUCUAGCCCUCCUUCUCCUCCUCCGUCGCCGCCGCAAGAACCCCCCUAAAAACACCUCUCGCACUCCCGAGAAUCUACUCCUUUCCUCCUCUCUCAAACACAACAACGACUCCAAUUCCCUCUUCAUCGCCGAAAAACUCGCUCUCACCGAUCGCAGCGAUACAAACACCCCUCUCACAUCUCGCGGUGCCGGAAUCCUCGGCGGAACAUUCGAUCACGACGAUGAUCUCCACCAAGACUUACCCGCGCCCGGAAGUGCCUUUACAGCAAACACACCUGUACCCAUUAGUCCACGCCGCAGCCAAGCUGCCAACACGCUGCGUAGUGAAGUGGUAGGAAGUCGCGCCGUAAGCAUCGCUUCCGGAAUCUCUCGGCCCGUAUCCCCCGUUCACAGCAGUGCGGGGAAUAUCGUAGAUCUCAGUCGAGAAAAUAGUCGCGAGCGGAUUGGAGAUAGGAGUAUCUUUGAUCAGGAACCGUAUACGGAUAAUAUAGGCGCAGGCGCAAAUAGUUUAGCAGUAGGUAUGAAUGGGGAUAGAAACGGAAGUCGCACGAAUUUAGACGUGCCGAAAGUAUAUAAAGGGGCGCUACAGGCGCCUUUCCUCAGCGAACCAGGGAUGUCGGCUGAGGAGGUAGCGAGGUUGGAGGAGGAGGAGAGGAGGAUUGAUGAGGCGAUUGCGGAGGCGGAAGAGGAGAGGAGGAGAGCGAGAGAAGCAAGAGGGAGAUAGAGAUUGAUGGAUUGCCUGGGUGGGAAGUUGGAAGUUUUGGAGUUUUCGGAUCUUUUGUUGGUGGGUAGUUUACAUAUACACCGUGCUAAUAUAGUAGGUGUGAGAUUGCGAUAUUGUGUAUCGCGAUUCUAGUAUAUCUUGUUAUAUACACUUAUUUAUUUACAUAUUUAUAACUAUUUGUAGUGCGAUUACAUAUACAUAUUUGAUUAAUUAUCGAAUUUUUGUUUUACUCAUUAUUUGUAUAUUGCGGAAUGCAUGGGGGUUUUUCUGU